AUGAGUGGUGAGCAGGAUGGCGGUGAUGCUCCUAUACAUCAGCACGAGCGAAGUAACUCAAGGGACCGGGGUAACACUGGUGCCAGUGCUCGUGCUGGCACCGAUCAAGAGGCUAGGGACCGAAAUGUCCUGCGCCACGCUCCUCAAGUGGAGUCUCCGUGGAUGCCGCCAUCCAGAGAGUUGGACCGUUUGGCCGGCAUGACUACCGAACGGGAUCGAAUCCCGUUGUUCGAUUGCAGGAAGAUUUGCCCACCUGAUUCCAGCACGGAAAAUAUCCGUGCUCAGGAAGAAUUCUUCACCGAUGCGGUUUUUUAA